AUGGCGACUCCAACUCCCGACGAACACAACGAUCGCAAGCCGACCUUGGCUUAUGUUGAAGACAAAGAAGCGCCAAUCAGUAGCAAGGAUGCUGCCAUGAUCGAUGGCGAUGUUCACCUGCUCGAUCACAGUGGACACGUCAGGCACAUUCCUAUUCCAAGUGUGUCACCUCGUGACCCCCUCAACUGGUCCAAGCAACGCAAGAUCCUUGUCCUGAUUGCCAUCUGCUGGUAUUCCGUCAUGUCCUUGUCUCUCGUUAGUGGCAUUGGCCCUGUUCUUCCAACUUUCAUGCACUACUACAUUCCCACUGGAACUUCGCCCACCGAUGUCCUCAAGCUCGUUACCUGGCCGGGUCUCUUUGUGGGCUUGGGCAACUUUGUUUUCCUUCCCCUUGCCCUUGUUAUUGGACGCCGUCCAACUUUCCUGCUCUCCUCAUUGAUGCUACUUGGCGCCACCAUUGGUGCUGCCCUCUCCACGAGCUUCCACUCCAACCUCACUGCCAGGUGCUUCCAAGGUUUGGGUGCUGGUAUCACGGAGAGCCUCCUGCCGCUUAUUAUCACCGACAUGACAUUCACCCACGAGAGGGGCUUUUAUUUCGGUAUUUACUGGACUACCCAAAACAUUCUUUCCAACGUUCUUUCUAUUGCCAGUAGUUACCAAGCCAGCAGUCUCGGUUGGCGCUGGUACUAUGGCAUUUUCGCCGUCAUCAACGCCUUUGGCAUCCUUCUCGCGGUCCUUUUUGUACCUGAGACGCGGUUCAACCGCCCUGCCGCGAACAUCAAUGGUCACGUGUUCGUUACCGAUGAGUAUGGUGUCCAACGUAUCCUGUCCGAUGACGAGGCUCUCGAGAUUCAGCAGGAGAUGGACCUCGACAUGACGCCUCUGUCCUUUGGUCAGGGUAUGCGUCUCUGGAACGGAGUCACUCCAGGUGGAUGGGGCAUGGCCGGCCGCUCAUAUGUCAGCAUGCUUCAGUGUCUCACAUCUCCUGGAAUGCUCUGGGCCGUCAUUUGGGCAGGUGUUAUGCUCGCCAUUUACAUUGGUCUCAGCCUUACUUAUGCCAACAUCCUUAUCGGUCCUCUCGGAUGGCCUGAAGCGAAUGCGGGUCUCAUCCAAAUUGGACAAAUCCCAGCCGGUAUUGCAGCUCUCGUUUUCACUGGAAAGAUGAUGGACAUUGUCGCCAUUCGCAAUGCUAAAGCCAACAAUGGAAUUCACACCCCCGAGGCCCGUCUCCCCGUUACUAUCCUUCCCAGCCUUGUUGGAAUCGCUGCCACGAUUGUGUACGGAUUUGCCGACGACGAGCCCACCAAGUACGGCUGGCCCACUGUUGUCAUCAUGAACUCGAUCUUUUGCUUCUCCUUCGUCAGCAGUCUCAUCGUUGUCACCACCUUUGGCGUUGAGGUCUGUCCCCUCGCGGCCGGCCCCGCUCUGGUCAUUGCGGUUGGCUUGAAGAAUGUGGUCGCGUUUGCCAUCACAUUUGGUAUAUCCGACCUGCUCAACACCCGUCCUGGUAAAGUGACUUACGGAAUUCUCGCCGGCAUUCUGGCCGGUGCAUCUCUCCUCGCCAUUCCCGUCUACUUCUUCAAUGCGAAGUGGAGACGGAUGACUUCUGGACGUGUCCAUAACUAG